AUGGGCUCUCUCGGACCGUACCAGCGCAAACACAAGAUCACUGUGGUGGGAUCAGGAAACUGGGGAUGCGCAAUCGCCAAAAUCGUCGCCGAAAAUGCCGCCAGCAACCCCGCAAUUUUCGAGGAGAAGGUUGAGAUGUGGGUUUUUGAGGAGAAGGUGGAAAUCUCCAAAACGUCCCGGCACUAUGAUCCCUCUUCACCGCUGUGCCAGGGCCCACAAAACUUGACGGAUGUGAUUAACCAAAAGCACGAGAACAUCAAAUACUUGCCUGGAAUUACUCUCCCCUCCAACCUGCAUGCUAAUCCCUCGUUGGUUGACGCAGUCAAGGAUAGUACCAUCCUUGUCUUCAACCUGCCCCAUCAGUUUAUCAUCAAGACUUGUGAGCAAAUCAAGGGCAAGAUCCUGCCCUAUGCGCGGGGUAUCUCCUGCAUCAAGGGUGUUGAUGUGAACGAAGAAGGUAUCCAUCUCUUCUCGGAGACCAUUGGCAAGAUCCUGGGUAUCUACUGCGGUGCUCUAUCUGGCGCAAACAUCGCGAGCGAGGUCGCACUGGAAAAAUGGUCCGAGUCAAGCAUCGCCUAUGAUCCCCCGCACAUGGAUUCCAAGGCGCCAUCUCCCAAUCGUUCCCCGUCUACUUCGACCGAGAAUCUCGUUCAGUUUGAGCACAAGGAUGUUUCCGGCCAACUAUCGCAAGUAAAGCUGCAAGCGCUGCCGUCCGACUACCCCCCUGUGGACCACGCGGUCCUGAAGUCGCUCUUCCAUCGCCCGUAUUUCCAUAUCCGUGUGGUGAGUGAUGUCGCGGGCGUGUCGCUUGGAGGCGCCCUUAAGAACGUAGUUGCUCUUGCUGCCGGCUGGGUCGACGGCAUGGGCUGGGGUGACAAUGCCAAGGCUGCCAUCAUGCGGGUUGGCCUUCUCGAGAUGGUCAAGUUUGGUGAAAAGUUCUUCGGGGCCACCAUCAAUACUCGAACCUUCACCGAGGAGAGUGCAGGUGUUGCCGAUCUGAUUACUAGCUGCAGCGGUGGCCGGAACUUCCGCUGCGCAAAACUCAGCAUUGAGAGAAAGCAGUCGAUCGAGAAAGUCGAGGAGACGGAACUCAACGGCCAGAAGCUCCAGGGUACUUUGACUGCGGUUGAGGUAAACAAUUUCCUGAAGAAGCAAGGCCUUGAGGAGGAGUUUCCCUUGCUUACGGCUGUGUACCGUGUUCUCGAGGGCAGUAUGUCCGUUGAAGAUAUUCCUUCUUACAUUGAGCGGUAA